GAGAAGAGGCUGGACAUAUUCUUGCUAGAUCAUUACCUGGAUUGGGGUCAUGGAGAAAAUAUAAACCUGAAAAAAUUGUAAAAAUAACUAAAGAUUAUAUUUUUAAAAAGCCAGAACCAAUACUAUCUGAACAUACAAAACCUACCAAAUCUUGGACUAUGCUAACACCUCAUAUUCAAA